AUGCGACGCUGGACACUGUGCAUAGGGCAUGCCAAGCCGGAUUGGAAAGAGAAGGAGACGGGCACGUCGACGUUCAACACAGCAACGGUCGACGUGGACACGGGGUACGGGUAUGGAGUACGGGGCUGUGCAUUGACCCAGGAACGAGAGGACGCUGCGUACCGCAAAGAGCGUGCAGGUGCAGAUGCGGAUGGAGGCACACCGCCUGCCUCCCUGAUCGACGUUUAG